AUGGAGCGUGCUUUACAGGCGCAACAUGUUCCUCUCAAUCAAUAUGUAAAGUUUGCCGCUUAUCAGCUAGCGGGAGAGGCCCAGCCCGGGUGGCAAGCUGAGUGUCGUUUGCUACAGCUUCCAUGGGAGGUGUUCCAAACGGCUUUCUAUAAGAAGUAUUUCCCUGAGUCUGCAAGGGAAGCAAAGGAGAUGGAGCUAAUGCAACUGAAGCAAGGUUCCAUGUCUGUGGCUGAGUACACCAACAAGUUCGAAGAGUUUUGUAGGUUUUCUCGGGUGUGUCAGGGUGACUCGGAGACUUACGAGAGCUGGAGAUGCGUUAAGUACCAGAGGGGUUUGAAGGACAACAUUAUGAUUGCUGUGGCUCCUUUGGAAAUUCGUGUCUUCUCUGACAUGGUGAAUAAGGCUAGAGUAGUGGAGGAGUAUGCCAAGAUUGUGGCGGCAUCUAAGGACACUCAUGGAGGGAGCUCUAGUCGGGGGCGUGGCAAGUAUUUUCAUUUGAGAGGAUAA